AUGACGGUUCAACAAGGCCGAUUUCGGCCGCUUGCUCAAUGCCUGAUGGCGUUACUGCCCCCAUUCAAUUUUAUCACCCUCCACUAUGCCUAUUUUCUCGUGACGCCGUUGAUAUGCAGCGCGAUAUUCUGGGGGUCUGCAACUCCGUCUCGCAGUGUUGCAUACGUUGAUGCCCUGUUCAUGUGCGUCAGUGCCAUGACGGGGGCUGGUCUAAACACUGUGGACUUAUCUUCACUAAACUCCUUUCAACAAAGCAUUCUUUUCGUGCUCCUUUUCCUGGGACAUGCUAUUCCCAUAUCAUGCACUGUUCUUUUUGUCAGGAAGAGAGCCUUUGAGUUAAAGUUUCAAGGCAUUUCAAAGGAACGGGCACAGAAAAGCCUAUUUCGUCGAUCGUUCUCGACCGACCCAGCUAGACCGAACGAUGCAAUUGGCAAUGAGCAUCGCCAGCAAUUAGCGGCCUUGAAAUCUCACGACACCAAAGUCCCUGCAAUGACCGGCACCGUCUCUAUAGAAGCUUCCGCCAACCCGGAAAACGACGACCGUAUUCGCUGGAUGGAUGACGAUCAGAUUACCCUCGGCCAAUUGCGACCACGCUCGCACCACCAUCCUCAUCGGAUGUUUCCAAUGGUGGGCAUUGGAGCUCGACCAGACUUGAAUAAUCACCCCAGAGAUGUUCCCCCAAGCCUGCCUUUGGCCAAUGAUGAAGAGGACGAGGUCUCCCGUUUCAAGGGUAUGCUGCAAGGGACGCAGAAAUACUUUGUGUCCAAAGGCCUUAUCUCCCGGAACUCUCAGUUCCACGGCCUGUCACCCGAAGAACGGGAGAAGCUCGGCGGUGUGGAAUAUCGAGCUGUUUCUUUCUUGUCGGUCAUCGUUUUUCUCUACUGGUUGUUGUUUAUGCUUUUGGGCAUUAUCGGAAUGGGGGGUUGGCUAGAAGCAAACCAUCCGAAUAUCGCCCGCGAGAAUGGCUUGUCUCCAUUCUGGACCGGGGCGUUUUUCGCCGUAUCGGCAUUUGUGAACAGUGGCAUGUCUCUUUUGGAUGCCAACAUGACCGCUCUGCAAACAAGCGCCUAUCCGCUGAUCACCAUGGGGAUGUUGAUCCUGGCCGGCAAUACACUUUAUCCCUGUUUCCUGAGAUUCAUCAUCUGGACCAUGAGGCGGCUGAUUCCCAACCGCCCAGAUUGGGAAACAUGGAAAGUUACCCUGGAUUUCAUUUUGGAUCACCCUCGAAGAGUAUAUACAAAUCUUUUCCCCGCUCGACACACAUGGUACCUGUUGGGAACUAUCAUUUUCUUGAACGGCAUCGACUGGGCGAUGUUUGAACUGCUCGCAAUCGGCAAUCAAGAGAUUGAGGCAUUACCGACGGGCUAUCGAAUCUUGGAUGGACUAUUCCAAGCCUUAGCUGUACGUGCUGGAGGAUUCUACGUGGUCACUAUUGCCGACCUUCGCCAGGGCCUGCUUGUUUUAUAUGUUCUCAUGAUGUAUGUGUCGGCAUACCCUGUCCUGGUGACUAUCAGAAACACGAACGUAUACGAAGAACGUUCUCUCGGAGUUUACGCCAACGAUGAGCCGCACGAAGCGUCCGAGUCUCGCACUUAUUCCAGUGCAGUCAUUGAUCUGGUCAGGCACCGACUACUCGGUCGAGAGGGCGCGUAUCCCAAAGAGUCAUCUCGCAGCUAUUUUGUCCACCAGCAGUUGCGGUCCCAGCUCAGCCACGAUAUUUGGUGGAUCGCUCUUGCUGUGCUUUUCAUUGCCAUCGCCGAGUCGUCCAACUUCAAGCGCGAUCCCGUGGGCUACUCGACAUUCAAUAUCCUGUUCGAGACUGUUACCGCUUACGGCUGCGUCGGUGUCAGCGUUGGCUACCCCGGCACUAAUGCCUCCUUUGUUGGCGUGUGCCAUCCCAUCAGCAAGCUGAUCCUUGCGGCUGUCACCAUUCGUGGUCGGCACCGUGGUCUUCCCGUUGCAAUCGACCGUGCAAUCAUGCUGCCCAACGAAAACCUUGCCUGGGCCGAAGAAGAAGACGCUGCUCUGCGGCGUGAACAAUCGCGUACUUGGGGCGUCGAGAAGAUGCCCAUGGGAGCUGUGUAA